AUGGCUCUCUGCGCGCGUCUGGCACGUCGCGUACCUACUACGACAGGCCAAUUCCGCAGCAUUGCAUCUUCUGUCUCUGCGCGAAGCUUCACAUCUCGUACAGCUCGUCCUUUGACCUCCCUCCGCGCGAAGGGUGAGUCAACUGCGACAUACCGCCAGCUGCGCGCUUUCACAAAAGUCUCGUCCACUUUCAACCAGACACAGGAAGCGCCAAAUGCGCAGGCCUACCUUAACAGCGGCGCCAUUUCUGGUGCCCGCGAUCUCGUCGACGUGAAGAAGGUCUUGGUCAUUGGUAGUGGAGGUCUCAGCAUUGGACAGGCCGGAGAGUUCGACUACUCAGGCUCUCAGGCUUUGAAGGCCCUUAAGGAGGCUGGCGUACAGUCGGUGCUUAUCAACCCCAAUAUUGCGACUAUCCAGACAUCGCACAAGGAGAAGCCCGAUGGCAUUUUCCUGUCCUUCGGUGGACAGACUGCGCUGAACCUGGGUGUCCAAAUGAACAGGAAGGGCCUCUUCGAGAAGUAUGGUGUCAAGGUUCUUGGAACAAGCGUCAAGACUCUCGAGACUUCUGAGGAUCGUGAUUUGUUCGCAAGGGCUCUGGACGAAAUCGAUAUCCCCAUUGCCAAGUCGAUUGCUGUCAACACUGUCGACGAGGCUCUCGACGCUGCCGAGAAGGUCGGCUACCCCAUCAUCGUCCGUGCUGCGUACGCGCUCGGUGGUCUGGGAUCUGGUUUCGCCAACAACCCCGAUGAACUCAGGGACUUGUCUGCUCGAUCGCUCACUCUCUCCCCCCAGAUCUUGGUUGAGAAAUCGCUGAAGGGCUGGAAGGAGGCUGAGUACGAGGUCGUUCGUGAUGCGGCUGAUAACUGCAUCACUGUCUGCAACAUGGAGAACUUCGACCCUCUCGGUGUGCACACCGGUGACAGCAUUGUCGUCUCGCCUAGUCAGACUUUCAGCGAUGAGGAGUACCACAUGCUCCGCUCUGCCUCGAUCAAGAUUGUGCGACACUUGGGUGUCGUUGGUGAGUGCAACGUACAGUACUGCCUCCAGCCCGACGGUCUUGACUACAGGGUCAUCGAGGUCAACGCUCGUCUUUCUCGUUCUUCUGCUUUGGCCUCGAAGGCUACCGGUUACCCCUUGGCCUACACUGCCGCAAAGAUUGGUCUCGGACACACUCUGCCUGAGCUCCCCAACGCUGUCACCAAGACCACCACUGCCAACUUCGAGCCCUCCCUCGACUACGUAGUCACAAAGAUGCCCCGAUGGGAUCUGAGCAAGUUCCAGAACGUGAAGCGCGACAUCGGUAGCUCCAUGAAGUCCGUUGGUGAGGUCAUGGCUAUCGGUCGUACAUUCGAGGAGUCUUUCCAGAAGGCCUGCCGACAGGUUGACCCCAAGUUCCUCGGCUUCCAGUCCGAGAAGUACGGCGAGAGCCUUGACUACGAGCUUGCGAACCCCACAGAUCGCCGAUGGCUCGCUGUUGGUCAGGCCAUGUACCACGAGGGCUACACUGUCGACAGGGUGCACGAGCUCACCAAGAUUGACAAGUGGUUCUUGUACAAGCUCCAGAACAUCGUCGACUGCACAAAGGAGCUCGAGGAGAUCGGCAGCCUCUUUGGCCUCAAGAAGGAAAUCAUCCUCAAGUCCAAGAAGCUCGGUUUCUCCGACAAGCAGAUUGCCAAGGCUGUCAACAGCACCGAAGACGAGGUCCGCGCUCGCAGGAAGAGCUUCGGCAUCAGGCCCUGGGUCAAGAAGAUUGACACCCUGGCUGCUGAAUUUCCCGCUGACACAAACUACCUUUACACCACCUACAACGCCUCCUCCCACGAUGUCUCGUUCGACGACCACGGUGUCCUCGUCCUUGGUAGCGGUGUCUACCGUAUUGGUAGCUCUGUCGAGUUCGAUUGGUGUGCUGUCAACGCCACCAUGUCGCUCAACAAGCUCGGCAAGAAGACUGUCAUGAUCAACAAUCCUGAGACUUAUUCGACCGAUUUCGACGUCGCGGACAGGCUCUACUUCGAGGAGUUGAGCUACGAGCGUGUCAUGGAUAUCUACGAGCUGGAGACCGCCCAGGGUGUCGUUGUCUCUGUCGGUGGUCAGCUGCCUCAGAACAUCGCCUUGAAGCUCCAGGAGUCUGGCAAGGCUAAGGUUCUCGGAACCGACCCUAACGACAUUGACAAGGCCGAGGACCGCCACAAGUUCUCUUCGAUCCUGGACUCCAUCGGCGUUGAUCAGCCCGCGUGGAAGGAGCUGACUUCGUACGAAGAGGCGAAGAAGUUCGCUGACGCUGUCAAAUACCCUGUCCUGGUUCGCCCAUCCUACGUUCUCUCCGGUGCUGCCAUGACAGUCAUCCGCAGCGAGGAUGAGCUCGAGGAGAAGCUUCUGGCCGCCUCUUCCGUCUCGCCUGACCACCCUGUUGUUAUCACCAAAUUCAUCGACGGCGCUCAGGAAAUUGACUGCGAUGCUGUGGCCUCCAACGGAAAGGUCCUUGUUCACGCUGUCAGUGAGCACAUCGAGAACGCUGGUGUCCACUCUGGUGAUGCCACACUUGUCCUGCCUCCUGUCAACCUCAACACCAGGAUCCAGGAGCGCGUUAAGGAGAUCGCCGACAAGGUCGCCAAGGCAUGGAACAUCACCGGUCCCUUCAACAUGCAAAUCAUCAUGGAGGAGGUCGAGGGUGCGGAGCCCAACCUCAAGGUCAUUGAGUGCAACCUUCGUGCAUCCCGCUCAUUCCCCUUCGUCAGCAAGGUCCUUGGCACCAACUUCAUCGAUGUUGCCACCAGGGCUCUUGUCGGUCGCGAGGUUCCCGAGCCUACUGAUCUCAUGAAGGUUGACCGUGACUACGUUGCCACCAAGGUUCCUCAGUUCUCCUGGACCAGGCUGGCUGGUGCUGACCCCUACCUCGGCGUCGAGAUGUCCUCCACUGGUGAGAUGGCCUGCUUCGGUAAGGACCUCAUUGAGGCCUACUGGGCAGCUGCUCAGUCGCAGAUGAACUUCCGCCUGCCUCAGCCUGGUGAGAGUCUUCUCUUCGGCGGUGAUGUCACAGCUGGAUCUCUUCACUCCAACUCCCUGAUCCAGAUUGCCAAGUACAUCCAGUCUCUUGGCUACAAGUUCCUUGCCGCCAACGAGAACGUCAAGGCUCUGCUCGAGAAGAGCGUCGAGGGUGUCAAGGUCGAAGUCAUCGCUUUCCCCAAGGAGGAUAAGCGUGCUCUCCGUGAGGUCUUUGAGAAGAACGACAUCCGUGGUUGCUUCAACCUGGCCAAGUUCAGGGCCAACGGUCUGCUUGACGAAGACUAUGUCAUGCGCAGGAACGCAGUCGACUUUGGCGUCCCUCUCUUCAUGGAGCCCAAGACUGCUGUCCUUUUCGCUCAGUGCAUGAGCGAGAAGCUGCCCAAGAAGGAGGGCAUCCCCACCGAAGUCCGCACAUGGAGCGAGUUCGUUGGUGGACGACCAUUGUAA